CUCCAUAAUGGUCCCCAGUCGCUAGUACACUCCUAGUGAAAAACUCUCCGAGGAAAAAACCACCAUGAACAUCUCCAUCCCUGGCAUCCUGCUCGGUCUGGGAGCGAAAUGUCUGCUCAGCUGGGCCCUGGUGUUUCUCCAGAGGAACCACAUCUGCAGAAGCUUUGUGGGGGUUUUCAGCGUGUCCCUGGCUGUCGUAGACACAGCGCUGACCCUCACCUUCACCACCAUUUACAUAGACAGCGAUGGACACGUCUUCCUCUUGGACUUGCAGCUGACCAGAUACCACACAUGUUUGCUGGCUCAAAUCUUUGGACAAGUCUACAGUGCUCUGCAGUGGCCUGUUGUGGUCGUGGCUAGUUUGGACCAUCUCUGCACCAUGUCUCUGCAACCUUCCGCCUGCGGGGCAAAAUGGAUCGUCCACUCAGUUGUAACCGUCCUCAUGUGGUACCUCGCCGCUCUCUAUGUCUUCCUGCUGUCUGACUUCAUUCCCGUCUUGGAAGACGUGCCUCACCACCAGAUGCACCAGUGCUGGGUCUUCCACACCACUCAGAUCUCUCAGAUUGCCAUGCUGCUCUUCUUGGUUCUGGGCUGCGCGGCGUUGCAUGCUGUCUGCAGCACACGAUUAUUAAAAAAUCCUCCUCUGAGAGGCCAAAGUACAGACCACAGUAGAACUCACUCCAGGACAAAUGUUGCUGGCCAAGCCCUGCGUAUAUUUCUGGACACCUGGGCCCUUUUCCUGAUUCUUCUGGCCGUGCUCCUCCUGGUGCCCAUGGAAAUACCCGCUUACCUGGGUCUGAAUGUUGCCUGGCUCUGCCUCGUCAACAGCUUUCUGAUAGCAGUCCUUUUCUGUGUGGUCUGUCCAACCUCGCAGUUAGCAAAUGGCUCGGCAGCAGUUCCUCCUGACAGCUUCUGUGAGUGGAGGCUAAAUUUAGCUUGGGAGCAGAGGACCGAACAUGACUGCACAAAGUAA